AUGAAUUCCCGUCCCGACGACGGCCACCCCGAGCGAGACUCGGCGGAUCGCCAUCACCACCGCGAUCCUUAUCCCGCCGGGGCGCCUCAUCACAGCAAUGCCGCUUCCCUCCCGAUACACCAGCCUGUAGCCUCCCGAGUCUCGGGCGCGAUCCACAGUCCUGGCGGCCUGCUCGCCAACCACGGCGGCGCUGCUUCCUCGAUGCCGUCCGGCCACCCACCCGGCCCGUCUGCCUACGGCCCCGACGCGAGCCGAACGCAGCCUCAUAAUGCACAGAACCUCUCGAGUCAAAUGUUUGGCGCGCUCGGAGGCCCAGGACCACACGGUGGGCCGGCGAGCGGCUCGAGUGCGCCGUUCGGCGGACCUCUUCAAGAUGGCGCGAGUCGCCCACCACAAGGACAUCAUUUCGGCGGCGGCCCUCCCGGUCCAUCACCAAAUGCGGCGCAGGCACCACAGAAUGCCGCGAACAAUUCUGCCCUGCCUCAAGGACAACAGCCAAUCUUGAAUGACGCCCUUAGCUAUCUUGACCAAGUCAAGGUUCAAUUCUCGGAUCAGCCCGAUGUCUACAACAAAUUCCUUGACAUUAUGAAAGACUUCAAGAGUCAGACCAUCGAUACCCCAGGUGUAAUCAACCGAGUUUCGGAGCUCUUCUCCGGGCAUCCAAACUUGAUUCAAGGCUUCAACACAUUCCUCCCCCCUGGCUACCGGAUAGAAUGCGGAGCUGGGAACGACCCAAACACGAUCCGAGUCACGACCCCAAUGGGCACAACCGUCCAGUCUAUUACAGGAAGAGCCGCCCAACCUGACGGCCAGCACGCACAGAGUGGUUCAGGAGGUCCAUUUUUCAACCAUCGCCCAGCCAACUGGCAGCAGUCGCAGCCGCAACACAGCAUCGAGAGCCCGGAAGCAGCCUUCAGCAAUCCUGUAGCGGCUGGCCCGAGCCUGUUUCUUGGUGGUCUCAACAACCCGGCAGGGCCAGAUCCUCAGCAGCACAGCCGAGGAGCACCGCAGAACGCAUCGACAACUCCAAACGUCCCUAAUGCACGCAGCGCUCUCACACCGACCCCGACUGGUCCUCUUGGGGGACCGAACGGCAGCGCCGGCUCUCAGCAAGCCAAUAUGGAGAAGCGCGGGCCGGUUGAAUUCAAUCACGCUAUCAGCUACGUGAACAAGAUAAAGAACCGUUUCCAGGACAAACCCGAGAUAUACAAACAGUUCCUCGAAAUACUACAAACGUACCAACGCGAGCAAAAGCCGAUCCAGGACGUAUACGCGCAGGUCACCAGCCUCUUCAACACUGCUCCGGAUCUUCUUGAAGAUUUCAAGCAGUUCUUGCCCGAAUCCGCUGCGUCCAGCAAAGGUAAUCACCAGCGGGCCGAAGACAUGCUCGGCGGGCUCGGGCCAAUUGCCCAAGGCACUCCCCAGCCUUCACACACUGCGAGGGAUGGCCAGAAACUGCCCCCGGUAGGCAACUUCGCACCUCCGGCAAGCGCCACCAAGGACAACAAGAAGCGACCGCGGAAUGACAAGCAAUUGCCUCCGCCCACCCCGAGUGCCGCGCCCGUUGCCAUGGACAGCCCCAUCCCCGCCACGCGAUCGAUCCCAGGAGUUGGCAGCAGCAGCAAACGACCCAAGGUCAACCACAAAUCUCUUCUCGCAGAUGCGCCAUCCAUAGAGCCUACACUCACACCUGUCAUGCCUGAGCCACUACCGCCUACCUCGUCAAGCAAUGCCACUGCCGAAGAGCUUGGGUUUUUCGAGAAGGUCAAGAAGUACAUCGGAAACAGAUCUACCAUGAACGAAUUCCUAAAGCUCUGCAACAUGUACUCCCAGAGCCUUAUCGACACGAAUGACUUGGUUCACAAGGCCAGCCAGUUCAUCGGAGGCAACCCAGAGCUCAUGCAGUGGUUCAAGAACUUUGUCGGAUACGAGGGACUGGACGAGAUUAUUGAGAAUCGGCCCAGGCCCCCGAUCGAGAAGGUGUCUCUGAGCAACUGCCGUGGAAGUGGGCCAAGCUAUAGGCUACUGCCUCGCAGAGAGAAACUCAAGCCAUGUGGCGGAAGAGAUGAGAUGUGCAAUGCUGUUCUCAACGACGAAUGGGCUUCGCAUCCCACAUGGGCAUCCGAAGAUUCUGGUUUCGUGGCACACCGCAAGAAUGCAUUCGAAGAAGGUUUGCACCGCAUCGAGGAGGAGCGCCAUGACUAUGACUUCAAUAUCGAAGCCAACCUCAAGUGCAUCCAGCUUCUCGAGCCCAUCGCUCAGCAAAUGCUCAACCUCAGCCCUCAGGAGCGCGAGCAUUUCCAAAUGCCACCAGGCCUUGGUGGCCCGAGCACAUCCAUCUACAAACGCGUACUGAAGAAGAUCUACGGGCCCGAAAAGGGCGCCGAAGUCGUCAAUGACAUGUUCCUCGACCCAUUUGCGGUAGUGCCCGUCGUCCUGGCGCGGCUCAAGCAGAAGGACGAAGAGUGGCGCUUCACUCAACGAGAAUGGGAAAAGGUGUGGCAAGCACAAACAGAGAUAAUGCAUCUCAAGAGUCUUGACCACAUGGGCAUCCAGGUUAGACAAAGCGACAAGCGAAAUCUCUCUGCCAAACACAUUGUCGACGUCAUCAAAACCAAGCACGAAGAGCAAAGGCGUCUGCGUAGCGCUAAGAACAAGCUUCCUCGCUAUCAGUUCUCCUAUGACUUCAGCGAUGAGGAUCUCAUCCUCGACAUGCUCAGGUUUCUGGUGCUGUAUGUGAUGAACACAGGUCUGCACAGCAACGCCGAGAAGGAGCGGAUGAUUGAGUUCUUUGAAUCUUUCAUCCCGCAGCUCUUCGACUUGCCCGAGGAGAAGGUCCAAGAGCGGCUCAAUGAUAUUGACAGAGAGUCCGCCGAAGAGGACUCCGAGGAGCAGCUUCCCGCCGAGCUCACCAACGGCCGUUCCCGUCGCAACGGCAAGAAGUCUGACCUGCUCCGUGGUGUGCUCGAUCCUGGUCGAAGCGGCACAAAGAGCAGGAACCAGAAGGAAGACAGCACCAACUCUGGUAGCAAGGAGACCACCCCAGAUGUCACCUCUGCAAACGAGGAAGAAAUGGCCGAAGCUCCUGACGAGUCUGCGCCUGCCCAGCUCUCGAACGAGCGGUGGCUUCCCACCGUCCCGCGUGCCACCGUGGUGCAGGGCGACAACCCACUGCUGGAUGCUGACGGAGAGCUCAAGGCGGACGGGUUUUUCCCUCGCCCUUGGUACAACUUCUUCUGCAACCAGACGAUCUAUGUGUUUAUCACAUUGUUCCAGACAAUCUACAAGAGACUGAAAGAAGUUAAAGAUGCCAGCCCCGACAGCGUCAUGGUCGAGAUUAAGCGUGCGAAGAUGAAGCAGGUGGCGAAGGAGAUCGGAUUGUCCAUCAACGAGAUUAACUACUUCGAUGAGAAAGAUCCGGCAUCGUUCUGGCCUAAGACCGUCGAGCUGAUUGAGGAUUUCAUCACUGGAGAGGUCGACGAAAAUAGGUAUCAGGAAAUACUUCGGCGAUACUACCUCAAGAAGGGAUGGACGCUCUACACGAUCCAGGAUCUGAUGCGCACAAUGUGCCGCUCGGCACUGGUCUGCACCAGCCCUGAUGCCAAGGAGAAGACUCCAGACCUGAUUCAGCAAUUCUUGACGAGCCGGCAGCAGGAGGAGACCAGCUACCAGACCGAGAUCAGCGCGCGCAAGUUUGCAGAGAAGUGCAUCAAGGACAACGACAUGUUUGUCAUUUGCUGGUUUCCAAGUAAGCGGGAAGCUACCGUUCGUUGGCUGCAACGGGACGAGACGACGUUCCACAUGGAUGAGAUGGAAUUGCGUGAGCGUUGGCAGUACUAUAUUUCUUCAUAUAUGCGCGUUGAUCCCACAGAGGGUGUUUCGCGAUCUCGUCUCCGCAAGACAGUGCUCGCACGCAACUUGCCAUCCAGCGAGACGGACUCAGAUGACGGCAGCACGCCCAAGCCGCUCAAGUACGACGAAAGCCUGGUCUUGCGGAUCUGCCUCAACACGAACCAGAUUGUGUGGGAAAAGAACACGUCUGAGUUCUUCAUCUACUGGACUCCAGACGGCUCCGGCAGCAAGGUCAAGACGGAGGAGCACGCUGCGAACCUCUCGGAGCACCGCAGCCAGCGCUUCCGCGAGAAGAUGGUUAUGAACAACGCCUGGAUGCGCGGCUUAAGUCAGGACGAGGUACAGGCUGUCAAUGAGAAAUUCCAGAAAUGGGUCAAGGACGGCGAGAUCCCAACGUCCAACCUGCGCGGUGGCGAUGCCAGUGCUGUUGGGGGCGGAGAGAUGGAGAUUGACCGGUGA